GCGCAGCGAAUAGAUGGAGGAAAAUAAAAAUUUUCGUGGAGUAUAUAAUAACGUGACACGCGGAAGUCAGAUUCGUUAAACAUAGACGCGCUCGACGCCGACCAUGAAGACCCUACUUUGCAUCGCCGCGGUUCUGGUCGUCACCGGAUCUGCUUUUCCGGAAGCGAGCCUCAUCCAAACUCUGCGGAUGAUCAGAGGACGUGGUAUCGAAAUUGCGAACUUCCCAGAUUACGAAGACAAGUGCGCCAAUGAUAAACCCAGAGAAUGCAUAAGCUGCGAUACGGCGAAAAUUUGUUUACCGAACGGCAGCCCGAUAGCCAAAGUCAACUGCUCGAUGUUCAGCCCUUCCAAGCCAUUCUGCGACCCCACGGAUGGACAAUGCACUGCGAAACAGCCCUCGAAGUGCAAAGAAGAUUCGAAGGACGAUUUCCCAUGCCCAUCGGAAGAUGGUACCUACCCCGAUCCCUCCGACUGUACGAAGUUUCACUUUUGCGCCGGUGGCUCAAACACUCCGGUAAUCUGUCCACAGAAUAACGUUUACGAUCACAGCCUGGGAACUUGUAAGCUUCGUAAAAAAACGCAAGACUGCGUGAAGUUCGAUUGCACGCGCAAAGAGGGGGAGUACAUUUUGUAUCCAAGCGACGACCGAAUUUGGGCGACCUGUGCCGCCGGUGUUGCUUAUAUAAUGGGACGUUGCAAGGAUUACGAAGCGUUCAGUAUCGCGGAAAAUAGAUGCACGAGAGUUUGCAGGAGUGUCGAGAAUCAGCCGAUCGAGGGACAGUGCGACAAGUACGUCAGGUGCGCGGAAAUCGGUAAUGGGAAACUUGAGCCGGUUGAGUUUCCUUGUCCACCUGGUCGCGGAUUUGACACGGAAGCUAAGAUUUGCAGCGCGAGUGCUUCUUGUCUGAAAACAAGCGGGGACGAUGGUACGACUUCAACCGGUUCCGGAAUUAACAAUUCCGGUAACCAGAACACCGAGAAUAACGUGACCAAUGGUAAUGACAAUGGAAACGCAAACGUGGUAAAUGGCAACAAUAACGAGAAUAAUUCGAAUUCAGCAAACGAUGGGUCUGAAAAUGAAAGACAGCAAUUGGGCCGCAUAAAUAGUUCGGGUAAUAACAAUGCUAAUAACACAGUUACCAACGGAAACGACGACACCAACGGGAACCUGGUCAACGGUAACGCAAAUUCCAAUAAUGAAAAUUCGGGUAACGUGGGCUCUGGAAAUAGGAGGCAGCUAUCGGGGCGCAUAAAUAGUUCAGGUAAUAACAAUGCUAAUAACACAGUUACCAACGGAAACGACGAUACCAACGGGAACCUGGUCAACGGUAACGCAAAUUCCAAUAAUAAUAAUUCCGGUGACGUGGGCUCUGGAAAUAAAAAGCAUCAAUGGGGGCGCAUAAAUAGUUCGGGUAAUGAUAACACGAAUAAUAACGUUUCCAACGGCGAUGACAACACGAAUGGAAACCUGGUCAAUGGGAACAGUAAUUCCGGUAACAGUAAUACCGGAGACGUGGCCUCUGGAAAUAGGAGGCAGCAAUCGGGGCGCAUAAAUAGUUCGGGUAAUGAUAACGCGAAUAAUAACGUUUCCAAUGGCGACGACAAUACGAAUGGAAACCUGGUCAACGGGAACGGUAAUUCCGGUAACAGUAACAACGGAGACAUUGCUUCUGGUAACGAGGAUCACCGUAGACGACCAGGGCGUAUAAACAGUUCCGGAAAUGGCAACAGCGAUAACACCGUUAGCAAUGGGAAUGACAGCGUGAACGGAAAUUUGGUAAAUGGAAAUACCAAUUCGAAUAAUUCGAAUUCGGGAAACGUUGCCUCCUCCAAUACCGCAGGGGCUGGACGCAGAGGUCGAAUGUUGGGUCGUAUAAACAGUUCGGGGGACAACAAUACCCACAACAACGUGUCGAACGGUGACGACAGUAACAACGGAAAUAUCAUCAAUGGAAACAAAAACUCUGGAAAUUCGAACUCCGGUAAUACCGGGUCCGGAAACGACGCGAAUGCUCACGUACAAGUAAUAAAUAACAAUGGUAACAACAACGCCAACAACAUAUUGGACGACCACGAUAACGUAGGUAGUAAUCUGUCAAAUAACAACAACAACAACGACGACAACGACGACGACGAGAACUCGCAAAAUGUUAGCCCGAACAACAACGGAAGCGAAGUUCAUAAUGGACCACAAUCAUUGUCAGAGGCGAUUCGACAGCUAAUCGAAUGGUUUAAAAGCAUAAUAGGUAACGGUGCUCCAACGCAAGACAUUAAAACUUCAGAAUUUGAGAAAACUCUCGAAAUUUUGACAGCUAAAGCAUCGAAACAAUCUCAUUCGUAGCUUAUUGAUAAUCAAUAAUUAUUCAACAAUGUAAAACACCAAUACGCACAGAGAACGGUCACUCAUCUCGGUAAUUUACACACAAAAGUGAAUGCAGAAUUCUCUGCUAUAUUCAAUCCAGUUACCUGCAUAAUAUACGGUCGCUAAUCUGGUUUUCAAAUUACAAACCGGUUUCCCCAGCAUCCACGUCGAGGGAUGAAAUUCAUCGAACCUUGCACGAAUAAUGUUCGCCCUCAGACGGUAACGAACGUUGAUGGUUGGUAAAGCGCAUCGACCGCUGCGACAAUAGUUCCCACUGCAUAGCUACUGUUGAUAAGUUCAGAAAAAAAUUUCGCUAUUUGAAAAAAAAAAUACAUCGAUAACUAAACGAAUAAAAUAAAAAUAUGUAAAGAGAUAAAAAAAAAAAUUGCGGCAUGUUAAAUAAUUAACAAAAAUUCCUUACGUCAGUAAAGCUCACCGGUCUCAGAUGCUGAUCUACUGCGUCACUUGGAUGCAAGUGCAGUUGCCACUAACUUUGGGUCUGUUCGAAUCGCGGGCACCUCGACGUAAACUCAAAAUAUAACUUAAUGCGUAUCAACGAAAUUAUCCACUGUAACUGAUCCCGACCGUACGAGGUCUAGUGACAAACUGAGGAGAGGAGUACCGGGCCGGCUUUUGAUCAGAGGCAUUACUUCAAUACUAGGAAUCCCUCUGGCGUUAUGUACGCACCAACACCGUACGAUGUAAACACAAACAUACGAUACACAGGCACCUAUGAAAAUAAAGGAUUAUCGGUUUCAAUGAGUUACAAAUAAUUAUCGGUCUACGAUUCUAUACAUUUAAGAUUUCGCUGCUCACAGGGAAUACAGAGACUAUGAUAUAAUUAUAACUAAACAGGGGUUUUGAUUAAUAUAUAUCUGUAAGAUAUACGUACCAUACAUGAUGUAUAGGUAUUACAUGUAAUCUUUGUUCACAUCAAUGUAGUAUUGUGAUUAUAAUAAUUGAUAUUACAUAAAAUUCAAUUCGAAAAUAGAUUGAGAAAAAAAAAAAAAAAAAAAUUCUUUAAAUUUGAGCGCAACAUUCAGAAUAAUUUAUCCGUAUACAUAUUACAUUGUGUUUUACAUAUAUCUAUACUAUAUGCAAUUUAAUUAUUAUCAUAUUUUAUUGUCAUUAUCGUAAUAUAAUUUAUAUUACGCGUGUUAUUGUCUGUAUAGUUAAACACCCAAAAUACAUUAUAUAAUAAAUUAUGUAUGUACAGUAGGUACAUACAUAUGGUAUUGUCA